ACCGCCGGCGGGGCCGCCCCGCAGAGCCGGCGUAGCGGCGCCCGGGACGGGUCGGGGCUGGUGCUGGUAUCACCGCCGGGUCUGUACCAGGAUGCGGCUGCGCUCGGGGGUGUUCGCCUCCACCUGCCUCCUCGUGCAGGCCCUGGGCGUCGCGCUGUUCCUCCGCGGUUUCUUCCCGGUGCCCGUCAGGUCUCUGCCCCGCAGAGAGGCCCGCGCGGACUCUCCCGCCGAGCCGGCCCCGCCCGGCCCAGGAAUGGUUUCUAACUGGACCAAGAUUCCUGCACCGCUUUUCAAUAAAGUUGUCGUUGUUCUGAUAGAUGCUUUGAGAGAUGACUUUGUGUUUGGAUCCAAAGGGAAACAGUUCAUGCCAUAUACUACGCAAGUUGUUGAAAAAGGGACUUCCUACAGCUUCGUUGCUGAAGCGAAGCCACCUACUGUGACUAUGCCUAGAAUUAAGGCUUUGAUGACAGGUAGCAUACCUGGUUUCAUUGAUGUUGUUGUGAACCUCAAUUCUCCAGCUCUGUUAGAAGACAAUCUGAUAUGGCAGGCAAAAGCAGCUGGGAAAAGAAUAAUCUUUUAUGGUGAUGAUACAUGGGUUAAAUUGUUCCCAAAGCACUUCAUGGAAUACGAUGGAACUACAUCGUUUUUUGUGUCAGACUUUACAGAGGUUGAUGACAAUGUUACCAGGCAUUUGGAUAGAGUGUUAAAGAGAGAAGACUGGGAUAUCCUAAUACUACAUUACCUGGGAUUGGACCAUAUUGGACAUAUUAGUGGGCCAAACAGCCCAUUAGUGGGACCAAAACUUCGUGAAAUGGAUAACAUACUGAAGAAGAUUCAUAUUUCUCUUCUUUCAAAGGAAGAAGCUUCUUUGCCCAAUUUGCUAGUUGUGUGUGGGGAUCACGGGAUGUCUGAAACGGGCAGUCAUGGUGGUUCUUCAGAAGGAGAAGUGCACACACCUCUUCUGUUUAUCAGCUCUGCUUUUGAAAAGAGAAGUGGUCCUCUAACCCAGCCUGAACGUGUGCAACAAACAGAUUUAGCCAGCACACUGGCAGUAGGUCUUGGUCUGCCAAUUUCAAGAAAUAGUGUUGGGAACCUUAUACUGCCAGUUGUUGGAGGCAAGACAAUGAGAGAACAACUACGUUUUGUGCACUUGAAUGGGUUCCAGCUUAGCAGGUUGCUGCAAGAGAAUACACCUGCAUAUGAAAAAGAUCCUGGAUAUGAACAUUUUAAGAUAGCAGAAAAAUCCCAUGGCAAUUGGAUCAAACUGUAUUUAGAGGGGAAUAAUUCAGAAAUACUCUUAAAUCUUGGCAAAAAGGUCCUGAAGCAAUACUUGGAGGCCCUCAAGACUCUGAGUUCUUCACUAAGCAAACAAGUGGCACAGUAUGACAUGUAUUCGAUGAUGGUGGGGACUGUGAUCAUUAUGGAGGUUCUGCUGCUGCUUUUGCUCAGUGUUCCAAAAGCCCUGAGCAAGCGGGCAGAAUUUGAAGUACCCCUCUCCCCUCCACUAUUCUCUCUGCUGUUUUAUUUGAUGUGUCUGAUGCUGUGUGCAGUUCAUGUCAUUGUAUGCACGUCAGCAGAAAGUUUGUGCUAUUUCUGCAGUAUGUCCUGGCUAACAGCAGUUGGAGUGAUGAUGCUGAUUUCUGCACUCAUGUGUGGUAUUUUAUCUGCUGUUGCAAAGAUCUUUGAGAAUUCCCGACUUCCGCUGAAGAAUCCAGCUGUGUCCAGUUCUAGUUGGUCAGAAAUAGAUGUGCUGAUUCUGGCUGGAACGAUUGGCCAUGUUUUGAGUUUGGGGGCAAGCAGUUUCAUAGAAGAGGAACAUCAGACUUGGUAUUUUCUUAUCAAUACGCUUUGUUUAGUGCUGUGUCAGGAGCUUUGUAGAAAUAAUUUUCUUCUAAAGGAAUGUGACCCUCAGCAUAGCACCAAUGUGAAGCAAAAUUUUGAUAGUCUUGGGGAAACCUCUGAUUGCAAGAAUAUAGACAUUCCAGCAGCAGAUAAUUCAAAAUUGGACAAGGCCACAUCUUCAUCUGAAUUCAUGAAAGGAUCACAUAAGUGGAUAAGCUUAGCAACUCCAUGGGUCAUCCUUAUUUGCUGUCGGCUACUUCGAUCCUUGAAUCAGACAGGUGUCCAGUGGGCUCAUCGGCCAGACUUUGGACAUUGGUUGACAAGCUCUGAACAUAAACCUGAACUCUCCUUCUUGGCUGCAGUCUCCCUGCUUAUGAUCUUCUUUCUGGUUCAAAGGAGGUGCUCCCUGGUUUCAAAAAUUGCUAUGGCACUCGGGCUCCUGGGAGUCUACAGUUACCGGGCAGCUGUUGGAAAUGUCAUAUUUCCAUGGCAACAUGGUGGCAAAGAUAUUUCAAAGGGGAUCACUGAAGCUCGUUUUGUUUAUGUCUUUGUUCUUGGCAUAGUCUUCACUGGCACUAAAGAUUUACUAAAGUCACAGGUUAUUUCUGCAGACUCCAGCAUGAAGAGCACAGGAUUGUGGGAAGUAUAUAGCGGAUUGGUUCUACUAGCAGCCCUUCUAUUUAGACCUCACAAUUUACCAGUCUUGGUGUUUUGCCUGCUGAUUCAGACAAUGAUGACAAAAUACAUUUGGAGACCUUUGAAAUUUGAUGCGGCACAGAUUACUAUCAUGCACUACUGGUUUGGCCAAGCUUUCUUCUAUUUUCAGGAAUUCAGCAGCAGUGGGUCACGGCUGUUUCUGCUACGCUCUAAUGCGCUCAAUUCCAGUUGCCAUCUACGUUGUUUUGGUGACGGGUCUGCGGUACCACCUGUUCAUAUGGAGUGUCUUCUCUCCAAAACUGCUGUAUGAGGGAGUGCAUGUGUUCAUCACAGCUGCUAUCUGCCUGUUCUUCACAGCAAUGGAUCAGAACCACUUUCACAGAGUGCAAGAUUGAAAAAUAAGUGUGCGGUGUGCCGUUCUGCGUUGCGAAGUCCGGUGCCACUGGAAUGGAAGAAGGAAAAUAAAGGCUUUAUUUGAAGAGAAUUUGAAGAGUAACCUUGUUUAUUUGGGUCAGGGUUUGAAGGGUCUGUCCAGUGUUAAAAUUGAAUUUGCUUUAAAAAUGUUGAAUUGAACUGUUUUUUUGAUAACUUCUCUUCUGUAGCUGCCAUUAUAGCGCUCCCCAAAUAACAGAAUGGUGAUAUUACAUGUUUUGAACCUUAAAAUGUAUAUCUUAACAUAAAUACAGACCAGUGCCUUGUGGGCACUGAGAAAAUCUUCUGCACGUACAGUUUUUUUACCUUCUUAGACUACAGGAUCCUAAAAAUAUUCAGGACUUCUUGGUGCUGUUCACAAAAUCUUCUGUCUGUUAGCCUCAGGGGGUUUUUGUGUUUGUUUUGUUUCUAGUGGAGGCAUUGAAAUUAUUACUAACUUAUUGUUCUACAAAUAUCCCAGGUAAGUGAUUUUGCUUGUUUUGCACGGGCAGCAAGCAUUUCUAUUUAAAGGCAGCAUUUUGUUUGUAAGGUGAGUGCAAUCAUUAUCUGUAAUGGAUUUCGAUCUGCACUUCAGGCACUGAAUAAGAAAUGCUUAUGGUCUAACAAAGUAAUGAAUCUUCUGUGGAGUCCAUCCACUGCUAAAAUGUUGUGUUUCUUCUUAUCAAUGUAUAAAUGUUAAAUCAGGUUUGUGGCGGCCAUGCUGAACAUUUGGUCGUGUUUUCCACACGAGGGUAGAGAGUUGUGAGCAGUGAAUAGGAAAACAGCUUAAUGGACUAAGUUACCAACAGAAUAAAAGGUGUGUUUGCAGUUUGCAUCACCUUCCCCCAGUGACCUGUCUCGCCAUCUCACUUGAAUGUGCUGUAAUUAAUUCCUAACAAUGUUGUUUUCCUUGCUUCUGUCAAGAAGAUAUAUGUUGAUGACUACAAUGACUAUCAAUAUUCUUUAUGUGUGUUUCUUUGCCUCAUAUUUUUGUCCUUGUUAGUAGCUGAUAGGAUUUAAUCUAAAUAUAUUAGAGGUAUAGAAGAAAAGAAGCAUAGAGAGAACUUUAACUUUUGUUAUAAAUCUGGAAAAAGAAAGCUUUCGAGACGUAUAGACCUGAUAGCCCAUUUGUUAGGCUCAUUAAUACACUUUGCAUCUUAUACUUCAGAUAAAGCAAAUCUCAAAAGUUAGGCCUUUAGUUUUUAUGUGUUAAUAACAGGCCAUCUUGAUCACUAAUAAUGAAGUUUUUUUCACCUAUAAAGCAACCACAAUGUUCGAUACGCUGGCAACGUAUUGCCAUUCACUGUGAGCUGCUGGGAGAUGUAAAAUUAAAUACUUCUAAUAAAUCACUUUUCACUGCAAAAUAUGGUGUUAAUGUAGUACAAAUUUAUCAUUUUUAUCAUUCCCAAUAUUCUUCUGGUUACCUGUUGGUGAGCAACCAUGUGGGCAUUACCAACAUAUUCUCUGUUUGCUCACUUGGUUAAUUCCUAAGCAAUUAUCCCUAACAUUCGAACAGAUUAUGUUUAAAAAAUAUUUGACUCAGAGAGAAAGAGUGCUAAUAAAGAGAUGGAAAGGGUGGAGGGGAAGUUGCUUCUGGUGUACAGAAUCCUAAAACAGUGUGGGAUGACAUUCACAAGAUCCUCUUUUCCUUCCUUCUGAUAUUUUUUGCUUCUAGUACAUCUCUUGGACAUUUUAUCAAAUAGUGGAAUCUUAAAUACUGUGUGUGAAUUAAGGUUACAGUUCUUCAGAUUACUUAGUUAAAUAAUAAUUCCUCCUUUGAAGAUGGAAGAUGUCCAGAUUGCAUCCAGGCUAAAAUAAAAGGCCUGGGAAAACUGUGUUAUUUAGGUCUGCAAGACCAGGAAAGGAAGGAAGAAGAAGACACUGUGUCUCUAUCUCAAGUUAACUCACAGUUUAGGGGUUACAUGAAAGAAACGUGGUACUUUCAACUUCAGAAUUGCCAUUUUUAUUCUUUUUCACCCUUUCCCUUUUGGGCACAGGCAAAUGAAGUCAUAUUUUAGCUUCAUCAGCUUAUGGGCAAUAGCAAUGCAAAGCUCAGGCAGUGAAGGAAUGAGUUGGUUCUUGCCACAGGCAAGCAGACUUUAACUGGGGAAUUAUGUAAAAAUGGUUUUAUUUUAAAUCAACUUAAAGUUCUGGUAUUUUAUCUGAAUGUACAGAGAAUGCAAAUGCCUCAACACAAAUUCUUAUCUCGCUAUUUGGUUGUUCCACUUCCCUUCUCAUCCAAUCUCCCCAUAUCAUGUUCAGCGUGUUCCAAACCCUCAGUCACGGAGACAAGUGCUGCGGGAAGCAGGAAUGCUAUUUUUUUUGCCAUUCUGAGCAUACCAAUUCCUUCUGUCCAAGUCAUCUGUAGUCCCUGAUCUGGUGUGGGAUCAGCCUGGGCUGCAGCUUCCUCGGUAGUACCCUGUGCAUGGGCAUAGACGCCUCCAUAAAUACCUUCUGAGCAGGAAUGUCUUCUCAGUGUGGAGAAAGUUUUGACAUGUUAAUUUUUUCCAUUCAGCACCUUUCCUGUUGGCCAGGGCCAGGUUCAGCCAUUUACAGUGGUCUGUAGCUUCCUUUACCAGAUUCACCAGGUCACCAUCAGUCAGCUCAGCUCAAAGCUUGUAACAUGUGAUCAGUCCUACAGAGUCAGAGCAUGAUGAAGCUUGAGCUUCCUUCUUGUAAAUGAAUUCAGGUUUAAGGAAAAAAAUAUUAAAUCUGUCCAUAUUUCAGAUACUGUAUAUCUGUAUUUCUGCUCCCUAGAAAAAAAAGAUUUUUUUUCCUUGGCUCUCUAUAAGCCAGCAGAAGAUCCACAGCGUACACCCCAGCCUUUCCAGCAGGUCAGGCACGUGUGCUAGGCUGCUGCACCUACACUCUGUGGAGAAGGGAAGAGCACUGGAUGCUGGACAACUUUAGCAAGGCCUUUAGCAUCAGGUACUUGGUGGCCACGUGUUAAGCUGUGGAUCAGUGGGCUUGAAGGUGAACUGGAUCUUCGAGCUCUAAGGGUUGACUUCAGUGGUCUGAGGUCCCACAGGGACUGAUAACGGUAGUGCAGUGCUAGGGUAAGGCAAUUUAAAAUCUUUCCUAAGUUGGGUGAGGGCAUGGCAAGACCAGAGCAAAUCUGGAAAUGCUACCAAAUUGGAGGAGUGGUGUAUAUGCUGGGGGGGAGGACCACCCUCUAGAGGGACCUUGGAACACUGGAGAAAUAGGCUGCUGACCACCUGCAGUACCAUCCAAGCAAAUACUCCUGGCUGAUAAUGGUGCAGGAUGGGGCCCAUGGGUUGGUGAACAGCUCUGGAGACCCACUGGGCAGAAAGGGAGACUGUGAGCAGCCCUGACAGCCUGAUCUUGUUCCCCAGCUGAUCAGUAUUCAAGGAAAAACAAACACACGUAUUUGCACAGAUAGUUUGUCCAGCCCAAAUCCCAGUGGCCUGCUCUGCUGCUGGCACCCAGAGGAUAUGAGCUAUGCUCCUGUUACUGGUAUCCAGACCUCUUCUCUUAUUGGUGAUUCCAGCCUGAAGUUCACUGGUGUUCACAGGAACCUGCCAAGAGCAGAGGAUGCACCCGCAAAGAAGUAGAAUUGAAUGAGAGGAUGGGGCACACAGUAGUGAUGGACUCCCACAGAGAAAUAACACUGACUGUUCAGUAUAAACAGAAUCUUGUUUAUACUGAGCCAGUCCUGUUUAUCCACAUUUGCCUCUGCUUUCCCAUGUUUAUUCCUUCCUGAGCCAUAUUGAACCUUCUUUUUCCCUACAUUUGAUCCUUUCCCUAAGUAUUACAUAAUGACUGACAUGUUCCAUCAAACCCCUUAAAAACACGCCAUAAGUUUUACAGAAUCCUGAAGUGCUUUUCCCUGUGGAUCUCAUAAUGACACCUGUGGUCCUUCAGGCUCCCUCAGUCUGCAAGGUGUUCAAUGGGAGGAGUUACUUUGGUUGACUAAUCCUGGUGGGCUUCACACCAGGGACAAUUAUCCAACUGCUUAGUGAGUGAUUAGAUAGCCAUCUAAAUAAAUUACUAUAAAUUACUGAUUAAACAAUUAGGUUAGCAGAGAUCCUCAGCAUUUCUUGCCCAUCUGACCCUCACCAGACCUUUGUGUGACCAUGACUUUAAUCACCUGAGUUCACAACGAUUUUUGCCAUGUUUCAGCCCAGGGAUGAGGAAGCAUCAGAGACCUUUUGGCUGCAGUCACCUCCCAGGAGGUGGAGCACAGAGAUAAUGAAGGUAGACUCUUCUCAGAAGGGCACAGGUAGAGGCACAAAGGCAACAGGCACAAGUUGCAAUACAGGACAUUUCCAAUAGGUCAGGGGACCAUUUUCUCACCUGAGUGUUUACUGAUGGGGUGGGGUUCAGUGAGCUCUUCCAGCAUUGGAGCAACCUCAUUUAAUUGCCCCUGCUGGUGGCAGGAAGUUGUACUGUGUGAGCUCCAGAGGGGUCCUCCAAGCAACAUUUUUCAAACAUUCUGUUGUUUUGUUGUGUUUGAAGUUGUCUCUGCCAUUUCUUACUGACC